AUGGCCGAAAAGAAAGUAACGAGUGAAAAAAAGGAAUAUGAAUUCAAAUGGGAUGGAAAAGAGAUUAAGCACAGAUGGGAAGGUUUCGUGAAGUUUGGUAAUGCAUCGGCAACCGAAAUGACUGGCAAGAAUUUCGAUAAGUGGCUGAAAGAUGCAGGUGUUAUUGAUUCGAAAGCAAUAACUACAACGAUGACUGGUAUUGCCUUCUCUAAAAUCACCGGUGGACGAUUCAUUCACGAGAGUUUCCCAUUGUGGAGAGGGGCAGCCUUCUUAAUUCAAAAUCAGUCUACAGUUGUAUCAUUCAGCGCAAAAAAGAAGGCGAACUUCACCGAAACGAAACAAGUGCUUGUUGCAGUGGCUGAGGAUCGUGCUCGGACGGCAAAAAGUGACGUGCAAGAUGAACUGGAUAUAAUAACUGAUAAACUGUCCAAAUUAGAAGCACCGUUAUUAAAAGGUGCAGCCAAGCCAUCAGCGGAUACAGGUGUGUACAGUCGCUUAACUGACCAUACCAAAUACACCGGUGCACAUAAAGAACGUUUCGAUGCGGAAGGUAAAGGCAAAGGCAAGGCUGGAAGGGAGGAUGUGAAAAGUGAAACAGGCUAUGUAGCUGCGUAUAAAAAUAAAGAUACUUAUGAUAAAGCACAUGCUAAGCAAUAA